AUGCAAGCUGUUAUUCCAAUUCUCCUGCUCCCCAAACAUGUCACGCCUACCCCAUUCAAUCUUCCUCUCCUCAAAGCCAUCCAGAAGGUCCUGAAUGAUUCGUAUACUGCAACGUAUUGUGCAUAUCCCGAGAUCUUUGGGACCAGUCAUCUUCGCAUGGCAGAUCCAGCACAGCUAGCAGAUAUCAUUGGCGCUGACGGGUUUACCAUCGUCCUGGUCCGUGUCACUUCAGAUGGAGCGGAUCAACAGCCACAACUAUGCGAAGUGCUUGCAACGGGUAGUGUGAAGGAUUUUGGUGAAGGGGAUGUUGAAACAUACGCGCAAUGGAGCAAGAAUCGGAGUGGCAGUGAAUGGGAAAGUCAGGUGGAAAACCGAGGACACAGUGGGGGAACGACGGGGCGGAGAGCAGAAGAAGUACAAAAGUUCGAAGUCACCGCGUUUGCUGUGUCGCCGCAUUGUCAGGCUGCUGGACUCGGUGCUCAAGUGUUGAGCGAGAUCAAGUGGUUGGUGUCCAGUGAUUCAAACGGUCCGAGGGUGCGAAAUAUCACUGCAGACAAUGAAGUUCUGAUCCGUGGGCUAGGACUUUGGUAUUGA